AUGGCCGUCAAAGGACCUCUUGUUGCAGCCACAACGCUUCCAUUCUUAACCCGAGAUGCAUACAGUCCUUCAGCUGUGGAUGCGGUCCCUGUGAAUGUGAAGUCCCCCGAGAGUAAACCAGCAUUUGAGAUUGAAGAGCAUCCGAUUGACCAGGUUCGACCGAUCAAAGUUGGUGUGAUCGGCGCUGGGCUAGCAGGCAUCACAGCGGGCGUGCUCUUUCCUGCCAAGUUACCGGGUCUGGAUUUGAAGAUCUAUGACAAGAAUGCAGACGUAGUACGUUAUGUUCCCUCCUUAGAAUGGUUCGAGAACACAUAUCCAGGUGUUCGAUGCGAUAUCCCGGCUCAUGUCUACCAAUCUGGAUUUGCGCCCAACACACAAUGGACAGAGGAAUUUGCCCAGGGCGCAGAAAUCCGCGAAUACUGGCAGGGCGUGGCGCGCAAGUACGACGUCUAUCGACAUCUACGGCUGCAGCAGAAGGUUGAGAGGGCGGAGUGGAUUCCCCAGCUUGCUAAAUGGCGUGUCACUAUACAGGAUUUGAAGAACAACAAGACAUAUCAAGAAGAGCUAGAUGUACUCAUCAAUGCUAUCGGUCACUUUAACGACUGGCAAUUGCCCAACUAUGAAGGUAUAAACCAAUACCAAGGAAAGCUCUUCCACUCGUCACACUGGCAACACGACGUGGAACUACAGGGGAGACGCAUCGCGCUGAUCGGCAACGGUGCCUCGGGACUGCAAGUGCUGCCCUCUAUCCAGCCACUGGCUCACCACGUUGACCACUACGCUCGCAACCGCACCUGGGUCGCCGAUUCAUUUGGCACCACCGGCGUGCGUCGGCUCGAGCCAAACAUUAUUCCUCCUGAGCAACGCGAAACCUUUAAGGACUCCGAGCGAUACCAGCAAUACCGCAAAUCUAUCGAACAAGGAUACUUUUCCCGCUUUGGGGCCAUUUUCAAAAACUCACCGGAAAACCUCGAACAGCGCGAGAAGUGGACGCAGUUGAUGCUGGGACGCGUCAUCGACAAGCCCGAAUUGGGUGACUUGAUCAUCCCCGAUUUCCCGCCCAACUGUCGUCGUCCCACGCCUGGACCGGGGUAUCUCGAGGCGCUGACCAAGCCUAACGUCAGCUAUAUCCAGACGCCUAUCCAGCGGUUCACGUCCACAGGAAUUGUGACAGUCGAUGGCCAGGAGCGGCCUGUUGACGUGGUCAUCUGCGCCACGGGGGCCAAUGUUGACCAUGCGCCGCCCUUUUCCAUCAUUGCCGACGGCAUCGACCUCAAGACAGCCUGGAAACACGAUGGCCUUUGGGGAUUCCCCUACAACUAUCUUGGGGUGGCCACCCCGGGAUUCCCUAAUCUGCUAUGGAUCGGAGGACCACAUUCCACCGGCCACGGUGGCAGCGUGCCCAAUAGUCUCGAGAACCAGAUCACGUAUAUUGCCAAGAUAUUGCGCAAGAUUCGCAGCCAAGGCAUCCAGUCGUUGGCGCCCUCCAAACAGGCCGCUGAUGACUUUAUCGAGUACUGCGAUCGAUUCUACCCCCGGACCGUGUGGACGGGGAACGAUGACUCCACGCCGGGCCAGAAGAACUGCCGGUCAUGGUACAACGGAGGUCGUCCCGGGGGACGCAUCCACGGGUUGUUCCCCGGUAGCGCGGCGCAUCUCAACUAUCUGCGUCGGGAUCCCCGAUGGGAGGACUGGGAGUACACCUACACCAACCCCAGCGGCAAUCGGUUUGCGUACUUUGGCAAUGGAUGGACGACGCGAGAGACGAUGCAAAAUGCGGACUUGACGCCGCAUGUGCUGCGGCCGGAGGAAAUCGAUCUGCGGUCAUAUAUGGAGGGGUGGUGGGAUGUGUGA